GGUACCCAUUUCACAUGAUAUUCAUUAGAAAAGUUUGUACUUUCGAGUGAAAACCAAAAUGAAGACGAUUUUAUUUCUGACUUUUUUAUCACUAUUUACUCAGUUGAUCCAUGGCCAAGAUCUGACAAUUCCUAUGGUUCUUGAUAAAUUUUAUGCAAAAGCGUCCACGGCAAGUCCAAACCCCAUAAAGACGAAAUUGAACUUCAUGCUCCAGAUUACGAAUAAUGUCAAGCAAAUCAAAACUAAGCUUGAAGUUCCUGUAAACGUAUUUAUGGAUGCCACAAAAAUGAGUCAAGUAUUGGCAAAAGUACCAGAAAGCAUGACCAUCAAUGGAACAAAUGCCCGCAAAUACAUAUCCGACAUAAUUGGUUCGAUAAAUAUUCACCAGAUAGAAACAAUUAAAGAAUUAAAUGAUGAUAUUUGCUUGGGAUUUUCAAAUCAAUUGCCCAAUUACGAUAAGGAUUUUAAUAAUUGGUAUCAGAAAUGGAACCAGAAACCAGUCGAUAAAAAACAUUUGCAAAAAAUCGAACAAAAUAGAAAAAUGCUGGGAAAAGUAUUUGAAGAUUUUUGUGGAAUGUUUCGAAAUGGAAUGAAAACCGUAAAUGACGCAAAUGUAAUACUUAAUAAAUACAUCAAUUUGGGCCAAACGUCAUUUGAUGGUAUCAAAAAGCUAAAAAAUUCACGAGACACAAUGAAAGCAAUUGACGAUCUAGUACCGAUAUUACAAAUAAUCUUGAAGCAACAAGAGGAAUUGAUAAAAUCUCUUGGAUAUGUACAAAGCACUUUGUAUUUAUACAAUGGACAACGUUCAAAAUGGCUUGACUUUUUGAUUAAUUUGAGAGAUUCGCCUUUCUCGAAUCGACAGUCAAUCAGACAAUUGAUGGCCAAAGACGAAGAAUUGACCAUCUCUUUGGUGUUAAAUAGUUUUUAUGCUAAAGCGGCCAAAAGUGGAAUCGCAAUGAAAUCAAAAUUAGAUUUUAUACUUAAAAUUUCCAACAACAUUGAUCAAAUUCAAAGUAAACUCAAAACACCUGUGACCGAAUUUAUGAAUGAAACUAUAAUUGGGCAGAUAACUUCCAAAAUACCAGAAAAUCUAACGGUUAUGGGAAGAAAUGCUCGUAGUUACUUAUUAGAAGAAAUUGAAUCGGUUAAUAUCCUUCAAAUUGUCAUGAUUAAGGAAUUUAACGACGAAAUUUGCUACGGAUUUUCAAAUAAAAUGCCCAAUAAAUAUGAUAAAACGUUCGAAAAUUGGUUUAAACAGUGGAAUCCAAAACCGCCGAACAAGAAUCAUGUGCAGCGUGUUGACAAAUAUCGACCAACAAUGGAGACCAUUUAUGAAAAAUUCAAUAGAAACUUCGAUAAGGGAAUAAAAGAAGCAGAAGCAGCAAGAAUGACCCUUGAUAAUUCCAUCAAUUUUGUUAAAUCAUCGUUGAUGACAGAUUUUUUACAAAGUACAACCGCAACGUUGCAAAAGACAACCAACGCUAUUGAGGAGUUGGGAAAAUUACGUAAACAACAAGAACAGCUCAUUAAAUAUCUUGGGAAUGUUCAAAGUAUUUUACAUAUGUAUAAUACACAACGACUGAAAUGGAUAGACUUUCUAGUUGAACUAAAAUUAAAUGAUUUUAAGCAAAUGAAAUUUGAAAAACAAACCGGAAAAAAAAGAGGAUGAAAAUACAAAUCUUACUCUCUUCUC